AUGAGCUAUAACCUUCUUUUAUUAACAAUCCAUUUCGGAAUAAGUGCAGAAAAAUGGAUAUAACAAGACACCUUUGGACUGCAAUAAUUAAACAUACUCAAUAAUAAUUAUGAUGAUGUAGUAUUUGAAGCAAACUUUAGUGAAAAAUAAGUAAGCAUUUUAAUGAUUUGUGAAACAACACCAAACUUUACAAGUUUAAGUGAGAUCUAUGAUGAUUAAAAGUAUUCUUAAUUAUAUGAAGUUUUUAAUGCAUAUGUGAUUGGAAUGCUUUCGAAUUUACUGAAACCUCGUAAAAAUUAAUGUUGAUAAGAGAUUCUGAAAAGAACUAUAAUUCAUACUUUACUAAUACCAAAUUUUCAAAAAGUGUAAGUAUUUAUGUUGGCAUAUUUUCAAAAUCUAAUGAUUCUCUAAACAUAUCAAUAAACUCAAAAUUACAAGAUGAUUGCUUAAGGUAUUAUUUAUUUUAAUCAGAGUUUAUGCAAGAACAGUGGAUAAUGUAUUUAACAUACUUGCAAUUGUCUUGAAGGAUAUUUCGGUUAUGAUUGUGAAUAUUAAGGAUUUGAUAUUUUGGUAUAGGAUUACCUAGAAAAAGAUAAAUUGUAUUAUCUUGAUGUAAUGAAGAUUGGAAGUUCUGACUUUUCUUUAGAAUUUUAAAAUUCUGGAAAGGUUAGUCAUUAAUGUUUCUUGGAAAAUCCUUACUUAAGAAAAGCGGCGAUUGAGGAAUCAACUAGUAUAAAAAUAUCUGCAGAAGAUAUUAUGAAAUGUCAAUUGAUUAGUACACCAUCAUCCAAGACUUAGCAUUAUAUUAUAAUCUAAUCAUAUUCAGUUGGUUUCAUCUACAUUCAAUACUAUUAAAAGGAGGAAAUAGACCAUUUCAAAACUAUUAUCAUAACUGUAGUAUCAACUGGGGCUAUCUGCUUAUGCUGCUUUGUGAUUUGCAUUUUUAAAUGUUACAGACUCAAACUCGAGAAAACAUAAUAAACAAACAUUGCCAACAAUAUUGCGAAUCUUUCUUAGAACUAAAAGAUAUUUGAGAGCUCUUUUGACUGGACUCACUUAAUUCCUGCUGUUGAAUAUUAGAGUCUUUUAAGGAAAUCCCCUUAAAUAAAGGAUUAAAUUGAAUGUUAGAUUUGUUUAGAUUCUUUCAAAUAUGAACAAUUUGUUAGAGUCACAUAUUGCAUGCAUGUUUAUCAUUAUAAAUGUUUUGAUAAAUGGAUGAAAUAAAAUUUAGUAAAAUUAGUUAUUUAUAAAAGAUUUGUCCUAUCUGCAGAUCUCCAUAAGAUAGAAAAUCUAUAGACAAGAUUUUGGUUUAAGAAAAUCUGGUGAAUGUAGCCUAAUCAUAUUCUUAGAGUAGUAAUAGAAAUCCAGAGGGUCAUUCAUAAUAUUUAUACUAACCAAGAAAUAAGCGCUAUGGAGAUUUCCCUAUUUUAACAAAUAAUAGAACUGGAGGAUCGUCAAAACUAAUAUAAAGCAAUUGA